GGACGUUGUGCUACGACUCGCUACGCAUACGGUAGCGGUUCAGUGGGCUCUUUGACACGUAGAGAUAUGACACAUCUGUGCAUAACAAUAGCAAGCUUUUCCGACGGCCAUAUAUACGAGUUAGGUUUCGUAGAUAGAUCACAUCUUGAGAAUACGUAGUAAUAUCAUAUUGCAAGGCGUGCAUGUGCGAUCGAUAUCAACCGAUUCUAUUCGAUACAUCAUACAUUGUGCUCUCACGUGAAAUCUAAACUACAUCCUCCCUAUUUGGAGUGGAAUUUAUUUGGAAUUUAAUAACGAAACCAGUAACAACCCCCAAAUUCCAUCAUGUCCUCUGGAAUGACAGCUGAUCCCUCUAUAAUUAAGAAUGCCAAGGAAUUUCUAGAGAAAGGUGCCCAGUACAUAGUUAUUGAAUUAGUAGAAAAAGAAGAUGAUGGUCAAAAGAAAAGGAGUAAAGAAUAUGUCUGGAGAGAUAUAACAGAUGGAUCAAGAAGCCAAAGAAUAGUUGGGAAAACCCAUGAUCUUGUAGAGAGGGAUGAAGUCAAACCAAAUUUUGACGAAUUCCGUGACACUUACUUCAACGAUGAUCGUGCUUGUUUAGCAUACUAUGAUUUCACUUUAAUAAAACCACUUGUGGGGUCUAAAGCUUACAAGAUCGGCGCAUUCAAAUGGUGUCCAGACACUCUGCCAGUUGGCAAGAAGAUGGUCUUUGGAUCCAGUGUAGAAAAACUUAAGAAAGAUUGUGAUGUGGCUGCAUAUACACUUCCUGGUACUGACCCAGAUGAAUUGGUGUUUGAGAACGUACUGAAGGAAAUGCAUGGCAAGUAAAGACACAGGCCCUAGAACUGAUUCCAGCCUAAUCUCAAAAGCAAAGAGGGUUAAUUAUUUUUUUAAUUUCAAUUCCAAAACAUCUAAUAGAAAGGCAUAUGCAUAUGUGCAGUACUGCAUACAACAUGAAUAUGGUGUGAUUAUGAAUAGAACAUGUUUAAUAUCUGUUCAUCUACAAAUGGCCCUUAGUAAUAAUUAGUGAGAGGUAGCUCUGUUUACUAUUAUUGUAACUUGUAUAGAGGUUAAGGUCCGAUUUCAAAAGUGUAACAUGUGAUAUCUCCUUAAAAAGUUCACCAAAUUCUGUAUGAGGGUACAAGGUUUGUCAUAAAGCUCCUGCCCUGCACCAGCUAUGUAGCUGCUCUGCAGAAACAUGGAGAAUUGGUGCCACUAUUUUUCUGUUUUAUAUCUUUACAUUUGACAUAAUUCGUGAUUGAAGAGAUACUUUAUUGGGGCCGGAGAAUCAACCAUGUCAAUAGGUGAUUUCAGGUUAGGUGUUGACCUUUUGGUUUACUUCAUUCAGUCCACCACCAUAUGAUGCUGUUGCUGGGAAGUAUCUCACUCGGUGUUGAGAUAUCAAUGAUGUGAUUGGGAUCAUUCUAUAACCUCACAUGUGGUGUUCAGACACUGAACUUGAAAUCACCCUUUGUGUUGAUGCUAGAUUUUGAAUUAAUUUUCAAUGGAACACAUCCAUGUUACAUGACAAUCACAAUUUCUGUAUUCUUGGUGGGAUGGGGGGGGGGGGGUUAGAGACAGUCCAGAGUUAUCAUUACAGGAUGGUAACUUGGAGAAUUGUUAAUGACGUGUAGCUCAGGUCACAAUACAAAUCCAUGCGAAAAUAAAUGCAUUUUAUUGUCCAGUUUGUUCACAUCAUUCAGUUGAAAUACUGUCAUUUCUGGAAACAGAAAGGAACAGAGCUCUAUUAGGCAAUGAAUUAUGUGCUCAUGUGUGCACAGCAAAUUGACUAGUAUGGAGGUAUUCCAGCAUGUCUGCCAUGGAUUUUUAUUGUUUUCCUUCAGCUUAAAAGCAAAAACAAAAGCUCUAUUGCUUAUUGUAUGAGAGGAUGGUUUGAUGAAACUUUGAGUCAUUGAAGUUGUGGAGUAGACAGUUGUAUAAAGUUUUGGGGAUGGCUUUUUUUUUAUAUAUGUAUAAACCCAUUAAGGUUGUUGCAGUACUUCAAGAGUGUUUCAUAAAACUAAAAAAUAAGCUUUUUUUCCCACUACAAUUGAGCUAUUUUAUCAAGAAAUAAAUGCCUCAUGCUACCAACCACUGAUUAUCAAUUGAGCGGGUCUUUGACCGGUUUUCUUACGGUUAGGGGGUGUCAAAAGAAUUUGAACUAAUCAUGAAUCCUAGCACUGCAUUAGUGUAUAAAAAAGUUUUCAUAUGAUAAUGACUUGAGGAAUCUGAGAUAAUUAUGAUCAUUCCGGGAAAGUUGAUGUUGGUUUUAGUCUUUACCUGUAAGGAGACUGUAAGGUGUAGUUAUGUAAAUAUAUCUUUUGUUUAAAGAAUGAUUGAUAUAUGAACUAUUUCUAUGUAUGAUAAUUCAUCAUGAUAUUGAUAUUUACAAAGCUUGAUCUUUUGCACUUCUAAUAUAUUAAUUCUAUAUUUUAUGGUAUACAUAUCAAAAUCCUUUUUUUUAUAGAAACAUCACAGAAUUUUCCUCCUCUUCAAGUUUAAGUUGAAAAGUUCCAAUAAAAAAAAUGAAAUCGGCCAAAGGAGUUUUGGUGAUUAGGGUUGUGGUUAUAUAUAUUCAUAUUUAGAAUUUUUAUAUUAUUCAUUCAUACAAAAUAGCUCUGUUUUAGAAACCUAUUUGAAAUGCGUUUUUGUUGCAGCUGGAGAACUGUUGGAUAAUAAGCGUUCUCAUAUCCAACAGUGGUUUCCUAAUGUUGAUGCGUUAAAAACAACAAUACAUGAUAUGUCCUUCAUUUUGUCCAGCAAGAUGAAUAAAGUGUUCAUAAGAAAUGGCUUAUGUGUUAUGCAGUAUUUAAAUCGUAGUUAAAGAUGUAACAGAAUCGAUUGAAAAUAAGGAGCCUAAUUAAUUUACAUGUCUUUGAUAUUGCUUUUAAGUUAAUUAAUGGUGAAGAAAAUGUGUACAUUAUGUACAUGUAUUCAUGAUAAAUGACCAAGAGAUUUCCCUGUUAUUCCACUUUUCAAUGUUUAUCAUCUUUAAUUGAUUUUGUAUGUACCAUUAGCAAGAGGAAUAGUAAAAUUAAACUUUAAGUUUAACUCCA